GAAUAAACUAAAAGCCAUGUCAACCUGGUUGAGAGUACUGCUGUUAUUGGCUGCUGGCAGUUGUUGCAUUAACGCUUACUGCAACGAGACUGCUGUUAAAAGUAUUAAGAACUUUUGGGGUAAAAAGCCACCACACGUGUAUUUACAAAAGCUGGUUGGGACACUAACAUAUGUCUGGAUCUCACCAAGUAUUCUGGGAGGUCAAAAUCUGACAUGUUUCCAGACAACGGUUGCCACGGAUGAGAUGUCUGUUAAGGACUACAUGGUUGACGUUGAUGGGUCCACUUCAACCUCAAUUGAUUAUUUCUAUCUUUUGGAGCGGCCAGGUUAUAUCACCCUUACAUCCCCGGGCUCCCCGGAUGACUGGGCUCAUGUAGUUUAUUUCCAUAGCAAGAGACAUGUCAUGGCGUACUACCAAUGCAGUCCAACAG